CAUGGGGGGGCGCGAGUGCGCCGGAGAGGAGACUACAACUCCCAGGUGCCUGCUAGGCCCAAACUGUGGCUCUGAGCAGCCCCAGGGAAUGGGACUAGGCUUUGAGAGGCGCGGAAGGCGGCAAGCGCGACGUCCGCGGCGGUGGCACCUGCUCGACCGCGGCUGGCUGGAUCAGAAGGCGGGGAAGCGGGGCUGGCGCCGUCUUGGUUAGGGGCACCGAGUAGAAGUUCCGACCCUAGGUUGCCUUCCCUUGUUGCAGGUGGAGGAGGAGGAAGGGGGAGAAAGGUGGGGCACCUGGCCCCAUCCCACAGAGCACGGUGAAGGAAGCAACAAUUCUAUAGACAUCUAUCAGGAAUUUUAAAGAAAUUAGGCUCUCAAAAUGGAUAUUUUUGGAGACCUGCGGCGAAUGAACAAACGCCAGCUCUAUUACCAAGUUUUAAAUUUUGCCAUGAUCGUGUCUUCGGCCCUAAUGAUAUGGAAAGGCCUUAUUGUUAUCACCGGGAGCGAGAGUCCAAUUGUAGUUGUGCUCAGUGGUAGUAUGGAACCCGCCUUCCACAGAGGAGAUCUCUUGUUCUUGACAAAUUUCCGAGAUGACCCCAUCAGGGCCGGAGAAAUAGUGGUUUUCAAAGUCGAAGGAAGAGAUAUCCCAAUCGUGCACAGAGUGAUCAAAGUUCACGAAAAGGAAAAUGGCAACAUCAAAUUUUUGACCAAGGGCGAUAAUAAUGAAGUCGAUGACAGAGGUUUGUACAAAGAAGGACAGAACUGGCUAGAAAAGAAGGAUGUCGUAGGCAGAGCACGAGGGUUUUUGCCAUACGUUGGAAUGGUGACCAUAAUCAUGAAUGAUUAUCCAAAAUUUAAGUAUGCUCUCUUAGCUGUCAUGGGGGCAUAUGUACUUCUGAAACGGGAAUCAUAAAAGAAUCUGGAAUUGCCUCGGACAACUUGUCAGCAUAAUUAUAUGAAGAGAUACUAAUAUAUUUGAAACGUCCCCUUGUCUGCAGAUAAUUUUAUGUGACAUGUACAAACCAUAUUUUAUUUUGUUUUGUUCCUCUUCAUGUUACAAUCUUAACUGUGGGCAGCCCAGUUGCCUUCAUUGAGUCACGUAAUUUUUUUAUUAUGUCCAUCUUCCCCAACCCGGUUCAACUCCCCAAAUUUCAGCCAAAAAUGUCUCGUGGACAUCUUGGGUGGAGAUUACAUCAAUUAUAUAAAGGCAAGAUUCUCCUGGCUGGUUUGUUAGCAAAUAAUUGUUUUAAUUUCUACUAUGUGUUUACUUUUUGUCAUUGGUGACAAAAAUGGAUCUGCUUAUUUUGAAAAUAUUUUGGAGAAUAGUUUCAUAGCCGUGAAUCUUGACUACACUGAGAAUUCUAGUUUUUAUUACACCUUCCAUGCAAGGAACCUCUUGAUCCAAUUUGUACCCACCUUCAAAUUAUUCCCAUCUCCCACCCACCCCCACUUGGGCAGCAGUUCAAACAGUUACUGAUGAUUUGUUAAAAAUUCCCUUCUUGCAAAUGAUUUCACAAAAACAGACAAAUGCUUCUAACAAAGAAUUGAAAACUGUAGUUUGGAUUAAAGUUGUAAGAUACACCUUUCUGUAAGAGUGGUGUUCUUCUAGUUGCAUUGCUUCACCAAACCAGCUUGAAAGUCAAGACCCACAAUGACAUCUUCUGAGUUUAGUGCCUUGCACUUAUACAGGUAGUCCUUGCUUAACAAAACUAAUUGGGACUGGCAACUCUGCCACUAA